UACUUUUUGUUUUCUGUCAAAAUGUGAUUUUUAAGGUAAAUGUAGAUAUUAACCAAAUUAUACCCCUCUGUUUCCGCCAAAAUUCCCUGGAUUGUGUGUGCCUUUGCACAAUGGCGGCCCAGGGUGUCCACUCCUGCGAGUUCGAGGUGUUUGGCAAGGUGCAGGGAGUCAACUUCCGGCGGCACGCCUUGCGGAAGGCCAAGACCCUGGGUCUCCGGGGAUGGUGCAUGAACUCCGGCAGGGGCACCGUGAAGGGCUACAUCGAGGGACGCCCCGCCGAGAUGGACGUGAUGAAGGAGUGGCUCCGGACCACGGGCAGCCCGCUUUCGAUCAUCGAAAAGGUUGAGUUCAGUUCCCAGAGGGAGCGGGAUCGGUACGGCUAUACCAACUUCCACAUCAAGCCUGAUCCGAUUGAAGGUGCCCCUGAGCAUGAAGCUAUAGGCAGUAGUUCGAGUAACAACGGCAGUUAUUAGGGGAUUUAGGCGGAACAAUAAAACUAUAAGGUCUCAAAGUGA